AUGUACGGCAUAACGCUGACAAAGUGCAAAAUAUAUUUCAACAAUAUAUACUCGACGGUGUCGCUGGAGGAGAAGCUGGGGGGCGGGACCUACGGAGAUGUGUACAAAGGGAAGGUUAUAAAGUACAAUAACAGCAACAACAACGACCUCUACCAAAAUACAAAUUACCUGCCAUACGACUACUACACGGACGAGUUCGUCUUCUUCAGAAAAAACAUUUACGCGAUAAAAUUUUUUCGUGACGAUUUGAAAACGAUAAAUGAAGAAGGGAUUAGUUGCACAACCUUGAGGGAAUUGAGUUGUUUAAAAAAUAUUGGAAGGCACCCAAACAUCUUAAGACUCAUAGACGUUACAAUUGACAGGCAAAAAUGCAUCAGUGAGUAUAUUAAUCGGCAGAUUCUACAACACCAUGCUUCUAAUUUUCAGCACUCUAAAAAAUUGGAUAUGACUCCUUUGGCUGCGGACCAAAAAUUUAUUUUUGCUGCGUAUGAGUACUGUGAUGCGGGAGAUUUGAAGAGGCUCAUUCAGAAAACGAAAAUCACUGAUGACCAGGCGGGCCUAAGUUUGAAGGAAGCCAAGUGGUUAUCCUUUCAACUGUUAAAUGGACUUGCUUAUCUACACAAUAAUAAAAUGUGCCACAGAGAUUUGAAACCUGAAAAUGUCAUGUUGCAGCAAACAGCUAAUCGUAAAUUUUUGCUUAAGAUUGGGGACUUGGGGUUGUGCAGGGAGUUAAAAAAUGAUGGAGACAUGACUCCCACUGUGUGUACCAUUUAUUACCGUCCUCUGGAAGUGUUACUUUCUAAGUUUGAGAUGGCUAAGGGGAAAAAGGGGCGCGCCAAGGGAAAGGGAAAGGUCAAACCACCAACAAAUGGCUUGUCCACAUAUGCCAAUUUGUCUCAUGCGAAUCAUCCCAAUGCAAGUGCUCUUCAUUCCAGCGCUCCGUACCCUUCUCGCGCCCCCUCCACUAGAGGUAUCGACAGCAGCGGUAACAGUAGAACCCACGCGGCGAGCGCUGCGUGCACGACGGACAGGGGCACGGGCGGUGGAAACAAAAGUGGUCACGCACACGCCCAUGCAAACGAUAUGAGGGGUAAGGGGGAUAAGACGGAUAAGAAUAAGAAGAAGAUUAGGCAGCGGGAAAAAGUAGCGGAAGGGGAUAAAGGCACACAGAGAAAGAGGGAGAGGGCACGUCUCAGGGGAAUUGAAGAAGACGACUACUACAACAACAAAGAUUUUCAAUACGGACUGAAUGUUGACAUUUGGUCAGCAGCCUGCAUCAUCUGCGAACUCAUUAUAGGCAGACCAUUAUUCAGAGGCGUGACAGAAUUUGAUCUGAUCAUACGAAUUGUGAAUUCAUUGGGCAAGCCAAACAAUGAAGAGUUAGAAUUUUUUAGUGACUCUCGAUUUUAUCCUCUUAAAGAAGAUUUCUUCAAUGUUAAUAUAAAAAACAAAAAGGAUGCAUUGAAUGUUAUCACCAAUGGUAGGAUAGAUGAGUUGGGUAUAGACCUCCUUGUAAAAAUGUUAAAGUAUAACCCAAAUGAUAGAAUCACAGCAGCAGACGCGCUUUCACACCCAUGGUUUUCAGACAUACGUUUUGAUAACCUCGAUGGAAUAGGAGUGUAUAAUUGGUAUGUACAUUGCUUAAAAUAUUAUAUUGGAAUAAAAACAUUUCGAGAAAUUGAACAGAAGAAAAAGAAUCUUCUAACCACCACCAUGAUAUCUCACUUUUUAUGUAAGUCCAAUGAUAGGCAUGGAAAAAUAAUUUUUAAGCUUAUAAAUGACACCUUUAAAAAUUUGGGGGGAUAUAAAAAAAGUGGCAGAAGAUCUUUUGCUAUUUUUUCUGACCAGUACGCCAAGGACGAUAAAAAUGCCAAUGGCUUUAUUAAGCGAGCUAGUAUUAAGGUGCUAAAUGAUAUGAAGGAAAAGAAUGUCAUUGAGGCCAAGGAAGAAAUGUCCUUUUAUGACGAUAGCACCAAUUAUGUCACUCCUCCUCCUACAUGCUCUAAGAGAAGGAAAUUCAACCGAUCUAGCUACCAUGCUGUCAACCCUGAGACAUCUUACGAGUUGGCCACAUCCAUGCGCGUCAAGCGGAACCUCUCCAUUCCAGACUUUUCCUCCCCUGAUAGGAAGAAGCACCGACGCAAGGACCACUUCAAGUCCGCCACCACCACCAACAGGGCCGCCGCGCACCCGCUGCCCACCUUCCACGGAUUCACCUAG